ACCAGCUUCAACGACCUCAUUGUGUGUGUGGCCGCCAAAGACAGCCUUCGGGUAUAAGGAUUCUUUGAAAGAAGACCUUCUUGCAAGCAGACCAUCAGCCACGCAGGUGCAGGAAGCUGUUUGGAGAGUUUGGGAAAAGGCAAGCCACUUGUGGUAGUUGUAAAUGAAAAGUUAAUGAACAAUCAUCAAUUGGAGUUGGCAAAGCAGUUGCACAAAGAAGGACAUCUCUUCUAUUGCACCUGGAGCACGCUUCCUGGGCUGUUACAGUCAAUGGAUUUAUCAACACUGAAAUGUUAUCCUCCUGGCCAGCCAGAAAAAUUUUCUGCAUUUUUGGAUAAAGUUGUUGGAUUACAAAAAUAAACUCUCAACACUUUAAAAUACCCCUAAAUCCAGUUUAUGGGAUGUGAUUAAAUCAAAAUAAAUUUAUGGCAUGUAUUUGUAGAGCAUUACAGAUUAAUAUAUUUACUAUAAAAAUAGAAUAUAUAAGGAACUUUGUGGCAUAAACGUUGCACUUGGGUCCAAAUCCUAAUUUCACUAAAUUUUUGAGAUUUCCCUGAUAUUGAAUAUGUAGUGAGUCCCUAACAUUGAAAAUGUAGUCUUCACAGUUUUGUCCUAAAAUCUUAAAUGGUUGAUCGCUUAAAAAAAAAAAACAA